AUGGUGCUCGCGUCCAGUGCCUGGCGCUUCUCAGCGCUGCUGCUGGUUCUCAGCGCCGGAAGCUCGCGCGCCGCCGAGUGCACAGCGCUAACAGAGAACAUACUGACGUCUUCAGGAUGCCCUUCGGACUGCGACAGCAAUCCGUGCGUGCUGUACUCGCCUUCUCAGGACGAAUCCUGCAUCGAGCUGGGGGCGAGCGGCCCCUGCUACAGCGAUGACGACUUCACACUUCCCGGUACCUCCGCGGAGUGUAACGUAACCUUCCAGUGCCUAGACUCGCUGCUAUGGGACGGUAACCAGUGGCUACUAGCGCUCGAGGCGAACGCCGCCACGAACUCCAAGACGAUGGCGCAUGUGACGCAGAUCACCGACCUGACGUACAGCACGUCCACUUUAUCAGUUCAACUUCAGGGAACGCCAACCGAAUCUACCAAUAAAAACAACAUCAAGGAUGUCUCGCUGGACCAGAGCUUCUUCGACACGCCCAGCACCGUCGUCAGUAUGUUCGUACUGGACGUAAACCUGCGCAACACCAUCUCGUCCGUGUCGCUCGCUACGACGUAUCAGACGCUGUACCUGACCAACGACAACCUGAACGCCAUUCCGGACCAAUUCGCCAAUUUCACGGCCGUCACGAAGCUGGAUUUGUCCUACAACUACAUCACGGACCUACCAGAGAACACCAGCGACAUCUGGGGAGGUCUGAGCACCGUGACGGACCUUAACUUAGCCGAGAACGAACUCACGGACUUCCCCGUCGUCUUGAGCACCUUGCAGACGCUCAAUCUGACCGGAAACGCGUAUACAACUAUUCCGGAUAACGUCUUCACCAUGGCCGAGUCAGGCGCACUCAAGUAUCUGUACAUGGCGCAUUGUAACUUAACAAACCUGCAAGUAUCGUCUUCGCAGCUAGCGUUGUUAGAAAACCUGGCAACGUUCGACGCCGAUGUAGCCAUCACAGAUUGUGGCUCUGGAUACUCCGCCACGACGUUGACUAACGCCGACGUACAGGUGUGUUCCGUAUCCACGUCGUCUUCGGAUGAUGACGGAGGCAGCCACACGCUGGCCAUUGUGCUGGGUGUGUGCUGUGGUGUCUUGGUGUUGGCUAUCAUUGCGUUUGUAUGGUACCGUAAGAAACACGGUGGCCAGUUCGGUAGUACCAAGGGUGGUUCUACCAUCUUCGGAACCGACAUCGGAUCAAGUCUCACAGGCGGCGACACGACGUUCGGAUCGUCGAUUUGGGACGAUCCGGAUCUCUUGGCUGCACGUAUCGAACAUCGCGACGUAGAGGCGGUCAAGCUCCUGUCUCGCGGUGGCUUCGGCGAAGUGUGGCUCGGUCUGUACAUGAACGAGAACGUGGCUAUCAAGAGGUUACUAAACGACAAAAAGUCGAUGCAGGACGCACUGGCCUUCGCCACGGAGAUCAAGACCAUGGCGCGUCUGGAUCACCCAAAGAUCGUGCAUUUUAUUGGCGUCUCGUGGACGAAUGCACUGACCAUUCAAGCUGUGACCGAGUUCAUGGACUGCGGAGACCUCAAGUCGCUACUUGACUCGAGUCGCGCCAGUUCGCUGACUUGGGCCAACUUGAAGUGCCAGAUCGCCAUCGAUAUCGCCGAUGCGCUCGUGUAUCUCCACACACUGAACCCCAAGCUCAUCCAUCGUGACUUAAAGUCGCGAAAUGUGCUGAUUGACGCGCAGACGGGCGCGAAACUGAGUGAUUUCGGUAUCUCGCGUAACCGCAGCUUUGACGAGACCAUGACGGCUGGAGUGGGUACAGCUCGCUGGAUCGCACCCGAGGUGAUUCUGGGCGGACAUUACACUGAGUUCGCCGAUAUCUACUCGUUCGGAGUGGUGCUGUCUGAGCUGGACACGUGUAAGGCGCCGUUCUACGACGCUACCAACACGAACGGCGGCAAGAUGCAGGACGUGACGAUCCUGCAACUUGUGUCGGCCGGAAAAUUGCAGCCGAGCUUCAGCGACUCGUGUCCGCCUUCCAUCGUCAAGCUGGCGCGCGCGUGUCUGUCGUUCGACCCUGCGCAACGUCCGAGCGCCAUCCACAUUUCGUACGAACUACGCAAGAUCAUGAAGGACGAGCUGUAGACAAGAAGCGAAGCUGGUGUUUUUGGUAGCAAUGGAGGCUCUUUUGUAUUACCUCGGCUGAAUUCAAAGUCUAACAUUUUAAGGAUA